AUGGGUGCGGAGAAGAAAAAGAACAGCAACCACAACGAGAAGAAGGGUGGGAAGGAUUUGGACCUGUUGAGGCGGGUAAUCGCCUCAACAGCGAAUGAUCCUGCGGCUUCGACCAUCUCGGUCGACUAUCUGGAGCUCCAGAAGUCGUACCCGAAGCACAAUGUGCGAGCGUUGCAGCAAAAAGUCUGCCGCCUAGGUGAGAAGACAAAGGGCCUGGGCACCAAGAUUCGGCUUGUUGGCCGCGGCAAGGAGGCGCUCAGAAAGGAUCGAGGAAGAGCAAAUAAGGGGAAAAAUUAA